UUUUAUAUUAUAAAUUAUUAAGUUUACAUUUUUUAUUAAUCUAGAUAUUGAAAUAUCAAAAGCCAUAUUUGAUAUUAUUUUUACUUUAGUGAUUUAAAGUUUCUUGAUCUUGUUUUAGUUUUAUAAAUAUUCAUAACUAUAAUAUCCUUAUUUAACAGCAUGCAACUCUUAAAAGUUUUAAUAAUUUAAGCAUAGUUAUGUUGAAGAGAAAAAAAAUCGGAUGAGACAUUUCUGUAAUAUUUUUCGGUGUUGCAAUAAUGUGUGCCAUACAUGAAUAUUAAAAUUUACAUAAAUAAUUAUUAAAUUAUUUUUAAUAAUUAUUUUCAUAGAUUUACAUAAAUAAUUAUUUACAUAAAAAAAUUUACAUAAAUAAUUAUUGAAUUUUAAUAGUGAAUAAAAUUUACAUAAAUAAAUAUUUUUCAUACACUUAUCUCAGUUCUUUAAAUUUGUUCGGUAAAAUUACAUUAAUAAAUUAUUAUUCAUAAAGUAAAUGUAUUUAUCGCAGUUCGUAAUUUAAUUUCGUUACUAUUGGUAUUUCGAAGCGGCUACUGUUAUUUGACGAAGUAACAGACCCGGUUUUAGUUUCCGAUGAUACGUUCGCUCGUUCGGAGUAUAAAUGAAGGACAAUGACCUAAUUGCGUGCAGAACGCGUUGUGCUUCUUCCUCGAUAGUCAAUCAUUGUGAGCGCGCGCGCGCGUGUGUAUGUGUGUAUGUGUGAAUUUGAUUAUUUACAAGCGUAAAAUUGAAUUUUAGUAUUUCUGAUCAAUACGACAGAAACAUUGAAUUACUUCUCCUAACGGAGAGACGGUGUAGUUGUGCAUAUUGCGGUUAACAAAAGUGUAAAUUAUCAUGAAGACAAUUAGUUGGAUCUACUGGCUCUUCUUCGUAUGCAUUUGUCUCUGCGAGGCAAAGAAGAUUAGAAGACCGUUAUCCCCGCCGUAUCCUCCACCUACAAUGAUGUUGAAAAAGUCUCGACCUGUUAGUCACAGAAUAUCCAUGGGAAAUACUGUUCAUAUUGAUAGUAAUAAUCAACUUCAUCAGAGGAUACCUUAUAAAUAUUUCAAUCAGAGAAUUCGACGACCCACGAUGUACAAUGUUCUAUCGAUCAACUGGAAAAAUCAGAUUCCACUUCGGGCGUCCUCUUUGAAUAAGCAUGUAAUUUUGCCACAACGUGUUCCUGCCAAGGAAUUUAAAUCUGUUCAUCAAAUACCGGAAUAUAGACCGGAAUAUAAACCGGAACACAGAUCAGAACUGGUAGUUUUGCCGCAUAUUCAUCAAGCGACUAUCGAUGACGACAAGGGACCCAUUCAUACGAUCCCAGCACCGAAUCUGAGUCCGGCAGAUAAAUUUUAUAAUUCAGCGACUAAUGCGGAAGCAAUUGCGAAUCAUCGUUCACAUUCCAGCGAUCCUAAUCAUCGCACCGCGAUGCAAAAUCCUAUGUUACUCGGCCUUGAAUUAGCCGCAAUUAACAAUGACUUGUCACGAAGAAUAGCGACAAGUUUGGCUUCGCCGCAACAUCAGUAUGAGGUCACAGAAAGCAAUAAUGAUACGGCCUUGAAAGAACGUCAACCCGUUCAAUCAGCAGGUUUGCUUCAGUCUCAGCAGGGUUUAGAUAUAACGGGGCUAUCUUCGACUCUAAUCAAUCCUCAUCAGCAAUUUAACGGACUUUUCGCGAAUCAUCUCGUUAACUCAAAUCCGGGCAUUGCGGAACCGAGUGUAGAAUUUAUUCAGUCGAGCAUACCGAUGCAGACGAAUCUCCAUAGUGCUCUGUACGCUGGAGCUCCUUCCGCAGUUACUCAAAUACCAUAUAUGGAACAGCAGAUUCCGGAUCUUUAUGUGAAUCACCCAACACCGGCGGAAUCACCUCUAUCAGCUGCGCAAUUUUACAAACUUUUAAAUAAUUUUCCACCCCAAUUUGCGGAACAAUAUAUGUCAGAUCAGCAACAGAUUCUGCAGCAACAACUUGGUCAAUCGUAUCAACCACAUGCAAUAACAAGUCAAUCGCAAGUGCAUUCCUUCAAUGAAAAAGUUAACAAAUUACAACAGCAGCAGCAGCAGCAGCAGCAAGAGCAGCAGCAACAACAGAAGACUUUGUUCGAUCAAGAUUAUGUUUCAGGGGAUAUUACAGAGACUUAUAAUCUUGAGUUUCCAGAAAGAAGAAUACAAUCUUUAGUAAACAUACCUGAAACAGCAUUACAAGACAAUAGCAUGCACGCUAAUAAAGAAUUUACAUAUUCCAUAGACGGAAUUGAAAAAUCCGAAAACAAUAUUGAAUAUGAGAACAUAAAUUAUCAGAAAAAUCCGGUAACAUAUUUCGACAGAAUGACUGACGGUAAUGUUAGUCCCACGAAAUUCUACACGAUACUUCCUAAUAGGGAAACCGCUGAAAAAUUAGCCGCAUUGGCUGCUGCCGGUAACGUCAACAGUCGCCUUAUGGGUCAACUUCAAAGACAACAGCACAAAAAUACGCAGAAAGACCUGAUGCCGCUGAAUCACAAAAAUGUCGACGACGACACGAACAAACAGCAAGUCGAUGUUGAUCGACAACAAUAUAGUCAACACGAACCACAUCAUAAAAAUCAGCAGCAGUAUCUUAAGCAGAAUUACAAUGUAAAAGAUGAUGAAAAGUUACCGUUACAGAUUACAGUACUUGACGAUUACAUCGCGAGUGACAACGACCAACAAGAUGCAAGAGAAGACGACAUGGAUAUGGAGUAUGGAUAUGAGAUUGAAGAUGAUGAAAUUCAAGAUCCCUAAUCUAGGUCGCUCGACGCAGAAUAAUAUUUCAUAAGAAUAAUAUUAUAAUAAUUUCAAUAUUGAAUGUGGUAAUCGGUUGUGAUCAAAGAGAUGAAAAUAUCAUCUAGUAUAUUAAUAAUCGAUAAAUACGCACGCGAGUCGAAAGAAAAAUUUCGACAAUAUAAUUUAUAUCGUUAUAUCGUAACGUAAUUUAUUUAAUUAUGUAACUUAUUUAUUUAUUUAUAUUUAAUACAUUUAUAUUCAUUUAUAUUUAUAUCAUAUUUAAAUAUUUAUGUAUAUAUUUGUUGUUGAUAAAAGAUAAACAGAAGAGUCUUUAUUAACUCGUAAAAUUUUAUUCAUUUGUUUAAACAUUAUUUGCAAAAUAUAUACAUAUAUCAAG